AUUAUCAGGAACCCCAUUUUUUGAAUUUUUUCCCCAAAAAGCGGGAAAAUCUGUCACUUGUCAAACUGACAAUUACCAAAUGAGGUUAAUUGCAUGUAGCAAAACUUUGAUAAUCCCGUCAAUACUCACCCGUGGCUUCAGAAAACGGGAUUUAAACUCGCUGAACAAGAGAAUUGGCCGAGCGAUGGAAAGUGAGAGGAAACGGCCCUUUAGGGUCUCCAUUGAGGGGAAUAUCGGGGCCGGGAAGUCGACCCUUAUCGAUUACUUCAGCCGCAUUUCAGGGAUCGAAACCUACGGUGAGCCAAUCGAGACGUGGCGUAACGUCAACGGUGACAACCUCCUGGACCUCAUGUACUCAGACAUCGCUCAGUGGCUCAAAGUCUUCCAAAACUUCGUCCAGUUGUCACGUCUCAAAGUCCAAACUUCGAAGCCCAAAAACCCCAACACGACCGUCCAGAUUUUCGAGCGCUCCCUCCAGAACAACCGCUUUUGUUUCGUCGAGCUGGCCCGCAAAGGGGGCUAUUUAAGUGGGCCUGAUUACGCCGUUCUGGAUGAGUGGUACCAAUGGAUUCAGAAUAAUAUCAAUAUUAAUCUAGACCUGAUUGUUUAUUUAAGGAGCACCCCUGAGGUGGUCUACGAAAGGAUUAAGGCGCGAGGGAGGCCUGAGGAGAAAAAGAUCUCGCUUGAUUAUUUGAAAGAUUUGCAUCAAAGUCAUGAAGACUGGCUCAUGAAGGAGGAUAGCGAGACUCCAGUGCUUGUUAUGGAUGCGAAUCAGACGCUGGAGGAGGUGAGGGAACAGUUGAAACAGAACGAAAGGAGAAUUUUAGGGUGUCUAUAAUGAUUUGAUGAGUUAAAGACUGGCAUUUCAUGAAAUACCUCACAAUUGAAGUUAAUGUAAUUAUCUCGAAUGUUGAAUUCGAAUCAAGAGCGCUUUAUACCGGUAAUAAUGUUAGUUUAGAGUAGGAAACUGUAUUUUUUUAAUAAACUUUCGCAAAAUACAAAUUA